AUAAAAACUCUAACAUAAGCCAAGCUGAUAUUGUUAAUUGGAUAAAACAAACAAUAGGUCUAGAUAUUCAUCAAAGUACUAUUAGCCAUUUACUAAAAAAUAAGAAUACAAUUGGAGAAAAUCUCUUAGCAAAAAGACAAAGAACAGUUCAACAUCCAGACCUUGAAGACACGUUGUAUGAGUAA